CAACGUACUCCUAGAUUUCGUGUCAAUUGUUCAAUACGAUAAUCCAAUGUUUAUUAAAUGCGGCCCUCGGCGAGCCAUUGCCACAUGCAUUUACCCCAAGUCCUAUAUUAUAUCACUUUCCCUGGACUGGCAACUCUGGUUUAACAUCGCCAUCAUCAUCAUUAUCAUUUCAAAUAUUUUUAUUCUAUUGCUAUUUGAUACUCACCGAUAACUGCAGAGACGAAAAUGUCUAACACUGCUAAAGCGCUCCCUGUCAACGGCGAACUUCACGAUUGCUGGGGAUAUAAGUUCCGCUGGACAGAACUUCACCAGACUGAAGAUCAGCUCAAGCCGCUACUUUACACAUAUGACACCCUUGGCUCUGAAGUGUUAGAGCAGAUACAAAAACACAAAACUGCCAGCGGCAAGGCCACGACCGGACCAGCUUCGAGGGAUGAUCUAUUCACGACUGUCAAGGAACUGGCCUUGAGCGGAGAAGACGAAGUCAUAAACAAGUUUUGGAAGGAGGUGAAUACCAUCCCAGACUGGGUUGAUUGGGAUCAAAUUAAGCGUGGACAAGAUGUCUUCUACAGAUACGGAGAGGCUUUCCUCAUCGGAGGAACGUUCUCAAGUUUGGUAGCAGGAAUGGGUGCUGCUCGAAUUGCUGAAACCUUGGCAAGGACAGGAGGGUUCGCCCCCAAAGUUGGCCGAAAGCGAAUGUUCGAAACCACCCAGCAUCUGUUGAAUGUCACAAAGACGUUAGAGUCUAUCCAGCCAGGUGGCCAGGGAUGGCUUGACUCCGUGCGUGUGCGCCUUCUCCACGCCUCUGUUCGCAGCAGGAUUCUCGGCAUGGCCAAGACUAGGCCGUCAUACUACGAUGUCGAAAGCUUUGGAGUCCCUAUCAAUGACCAGGAUACGAUAGCCACGAUUGCAACAUAUUCAUCUCAGGCCCUCUGGCUUGCACUGCCGUCGCAGGGGAUCUACUUGAAACAACAGGAAAUCGAAGACUACAUCCAGCUAUGGCGUCUUGUGGGUUACUAUAUGGGCACUCCAACUGAUGUGUUCAAGACGGCAGUGACUUCCAAGGCCUAUUUUGAUAGUGUCCUGGAGGCGGAUGUUAAGCCGACUGAGAUCAGCAAGGUCCUUGCGAACAACAUCAUCACCUCACUGGCAGACCAGCCUCCGCACUACCCCUCCAAAGAUUUUCUUCACGCUCAAUCGCGCGUGUACAAUGGAGAAGAGCUCUGCGAUGCCCUGGCCAUUCCCAAAGCCUCUUACCUUGGAUAUGUAAAGGCAUAUCUGCAGGUUGUUCUUCUCAUGACCGUUGCGUACGUUUUUAGGUCCUUCUCAUUCUUGGACAAGUGGAGAAUUCAACACAACAGGAAGAGCUUUUGGGAGAUGGUUAUUACGGGUAUUCACGGCCUUGGCGGUGAGACGAGUUUCAAAAUGCAGUAUGAGCCCGAGUUUGAUGCGAUUUCCAAGCUGGAGAAGGUGGGUCGGGGAGCAAGCGUUGCGACAAAGAAUAUCAUAACGAUGCUAGCAGUUGUGAUUCCAAUGGGGGCAGUUGGAGCUAUGUAUGCGUUUGCAAAGUAGCCAGUCAGUA